ACGCCGGUGGGCGGGACCAGGGUGUGGGCGGGGCGAGUCGGAUCUAGCGCCUCGGGCCGGGAGAACUCUGGCCUUCUUGGCGCUGCGCUGUGACUUAGGAGCUGUGGACCUGGCCCGCGAGUCAACAUGGCCGCGGUGUUUAGGCGUAGCUGCGGGGUCCUAAAAAGUCUUUCUCGUUUUGACUGGAGAUCACAACAUACAAAAGCUGCCCUACAGCGUGAACCAAGAUUGGGAUUUAAUUUUGAGCUCACUGAACAGCAAAAAGAGUUUCAAGCUACCGCUCGUAAAUUUGCCAGGGAGGAAAUAAUCCCAGUUGCUGCAGAAUAUGAUAAAACUGGCGAGUACCCUGUCCCCCUAAUUAAAAGAGCAUGGGAACUUGGUUUAAUGAAUACACACAUUCCAGAGAGUUGUGGAGGUCUUGGACUUGGAACUUUUGAUGCUUGUUUAAUUACUGAAGAACUGGCUUAUGGAUGUACAGGGGUUCAGACUGCUAUUGAAGCAAAUUCUUUGGGGCAAAUGCCUCUUCUUAUUGCUGGAAAUGACCAACAACAAAAGAAGUAUUUGAGGAGGCUGACUGAGGAGCCACUGAUGUGUGCUUACUGUGUAACAGAACCUAUAGCUGGCUCUGAUGUAGCUGGUAUAAAGACCAAAGCAGAAAGGAAAGGAGAUGAGUAUAUUAUUAAUGGUCAGAAGAUGUGGAUAACGAAUGGAGGAAAAGCGAAUUGGUAUUUCUUAUUGGCUCGUUCUGAUCCGGAUCCAAAGGCUCCUGCUAAUAAAGCCUUUACUGGAUUUAUUGUGGAAGCAGAUACCCCAGGAGUGCAGAUUGGAAGAAAGGAAUUAAAUAUGGGUCAGCGAUGUUCAGAUACAAGAGGAAUUGUCUUUGAGGAUGUGAGAGUGCCUAAAGAAAAUGUUUUAAUUGGUGAGGGAGCUGGUUUCAAAAUUGCAAUGGGAGCUUUUGAUAAAACCAGACCUCCAGUAGCAGCUGGUGCUGUGGGGCUAGCACAAAGAGCUUUGGAUGAAGCUACCAAGUAUGCCCUGGAGAGGAAAACUUUUGGAAAGCCGCUUGUAGAGCACCAAGGAAUAGCAUUUUUGCUGGCUGAAAUGGCAAUGAAAGUUGAACUAGCUAGACUGAGUUACCAGAGAGCAGCUUGGGAGAUUGAUUCUGGUCGCCGAAAUACCUACUAUGCCUCUAUAGCAAAGGCAUUUGCUGCAGAUACUGCAAAUCAAUUAGCUACUGAUGCUGUGCAGAUUUUUGGAGGCAAUGGAUUUAAUACAGAAUAUCCUGUAGAAAAACUAAUGAGGGAUGCUAAGAUCUAUCAGAUUUAUGAAGGAACAGCACAAAUUCAAAGACUUAUUAUAGCCCGUGAACACAUUGGCAGGUAUAAAAAUUAAAGAGAUAGCUAUAGAAACAUAAUUAAUUGUUGAGUGAUUAGAAUACAAUCCACUGUUUAAGCUCCAAAGAAGAGAAAGAGCUUUAAGAUUUUUUCUGGUAAAACUUUAAAAUAAGUACUGUUAACUAAACCCAUGCAGCUGAUUCUAAUACUAGUUUUCCACUUUUGUUUAACUUUAUGACUUGCUUUUCCUCAAAAAGAUUAGGUUUCAUUAAAAUUAUGUGUUACCUUUAGUACUACUGUACUUGAAUUACAUUAACCUAGAAAAGUACAUUUGUUUUGUUAGGUUAACCACUUAAAGUAA